AUGGAGUUCAAGGAAACAACGUUCGACAAUAAUACCGAAUACUUACUUGUUCUUGUGCUUUUCUUUCCUGCCUCUUAUCCCACUCUCCAAUCUACUUCUGUUGAGAAUCUCACAUAUGGCUUUGGACAAACGAAUGUGUCAGGUGGACCCGUCGGUGUAAAUACAUCAAUCCUUUCAGAAAUAGUGCAAGUUGUAAAAGAAAACUCAGUUCAAUAUAAUUACUUCCUCGUUGAGACUAAUUCCUACCUUGGAUCUCUCCCCAAUCCCGUAGCUACAUAUAUACAAAACAACCCAACGACUCAAGCAAUGACAGAGAAACAAGUUCAAGAAUGUUGUCCAAACGAUCCUGGAGUUAAAGAAGCACAGGAGAAAUAUUGGAGGAAAAGGGACAAUUGCCUUGAUAGGAACACUAGUCAACUAUAUGGACCUACAAGCGUUGACUUAGUUAUUCCAGUCACUUCAACUCGCACAAAAACUAUUAAAAUACGCCUAGAGGGAUUUCUAGACAAGGGCACAUCCGCAAAAGUAUAUAAAAUCAACUGGAAUGGUAGUCCAGCUGCUAUAAAAAUACCUUCUGAUGUUAAUAAUUUGAAGCAUGAAGCAGAAAUGUUGAGAGGAUUGAAAAAGCGUAAUUUUACGAAUGCUCAACAUUGCAAAGAGCUUCUAAAACUUUUGAAGCAUAUUCAUUCAUAUGGUCUUUAUCACCGAGAUGUUCUUCCUUCAAACAUCAUGCUAGAUACUGAAAAUAAUUCACUGUGCUUGUUGAUUGGGGUUGAAAUCCACACCAAUAACAAUGGAAUGCUGUACAAAGGAACCACAACAUAUGCUUCACCGUCUAUCUUAGACAAUGAUAUAGAAAGUUAUAUUCCAAAACCGGCAGAUGAUUUACAUUCUUUUGCUAUCAAAGAUUACUGGCAUAAUGAACUGAAUGGUCAUGCACUAUGGAAAGAGAUGUUAGAUGCAAAUAAGGGGCUGUGCGAUGUACGAAUCGCAUAUAUACUUCGUUCUAAAAGACAAUUUUAG